AUGAAUUAUGGGAGAAACAAGUUAUCCGCUUCCUGUGAUACAUGUCCACACACACACACACACACACGCACAUACACACAUGGACACAUACACACGCGCAAGUACAGUUUGGAAGACCGACAGAGAGAAGGUGAACGAGCGGAAAAACAGGGCUCUGACAGCCGAUAUGCAUCAACGCUUGUUUUCCAGUCCGGCCGCCUUUUAUCCUGCCUCCCUUGGCCCGUCUUCCUCGUAAAUCACAUGCGCUUCAACCUGCCGCCGACAGCCCAUUCAUCGUCUGGUCCGGUCGCUUCGGACGGGACGAUCGAGGCUGCUGCCGCUUCUCCUGCUGCUGAUGGUGAUUAUGAUGAUGAAGAUGAUGAUGAUGAUGAUGAUGAUGAUGAAGAUGAAGAUAAAGAUGCAGAUGAUGAUGAUGAUGAGGAUGAUGGUGAAGAAGAAGAUGAAGAAGAUGAUGAUGAUGGCGGUGAUGAUAAUGAUGAUGAUGAUGAAGAAGAAGAAGAAGAAGAAGAAGAUGAUGAUGAUGAUGAUGAUGAUGAUGGUGGUGAUGAUGAUGAUGAUGAUGAUGAAGAUGAAGAUAAAGAUGCAGAUGAUGAUGAUGAUGAGAAUGAUGGUGAAGAAGAAGAUGAAGAAGAUGAUGAUGAUGGCGGUGAUGAUAAUGAUGAUGAUGAUGAUGAUGAUGAAGAAGAAGAAGAAGAAGAAGAAGAAGAAGAAGAAGAAGAAGAAGAUGAUGAUGAUGAUGAUGAUGAUGAGAGUCAUCGAAAUGCGCUCUUUCGUCGCGUACAAAAGACAUUUUCUGGCGCCACAAUUAACAUGUCCUCUGAUGAUGACAACACUGGAUGGUGUCGUGUCGCGCUCAUCGAGGUCGCCCUGGCAACAGGACCAAAAUACAAAGUUAUAAGAGUAAUAGGGUCUCUAUGGCGCUAUUGGGAGAGGAUUGUUGGGGAGACUUUCAUUGUCUACGAGAGACCAAAAGUCGACGGCUGA